AUGUCGUUGGCCGACUCUUUGCUGGCGCCGUUGCUGACGGCGCUUGACACGCGCGUGGGCGUGCGAGAAGCGCUGCAGGCAGCCAAGUCGCAGGACGUGAUACGACGGGCGUCGGAGGCUGGGGACGCAGACGCCUUACGUGCGCUGGAAAAGAGCAUCGCGUCCUGGCUGGGCACGUCGCCCGCGCAGAAUGCUGACGAGCCUGCAUGGGCGGUGGGCGCCGACGUAGCGCAUGCCUUCGUGGAGCAGUGCGGAUGGAGUGUGGUCGAAGCGCACGGGCAUGCAUGGGUCCAGCGCGCCAUGUCGCAUCUGGAGCAUGUCGCGGCGAAGGGCGUUCCACCUGCCCUUCUCGUGUCGAUGGCCCCGCUGGUGCGUUUGGCCGUGUUUGAUGUUAUGGGACGCGAAAGCGAGGCGCACCCCGACUUUCAUCGUGCCGUCACGGCGCCGCACAUCUCCAGGAUGGGCCAUGCGAUCGUGAGCGUAUGUGAGGCGUGCCAAGCGGGCCCGUCGAGCCGUGCGUUUGCGCAGCUCUUGGACGCUCUGACGCUCCACGUGCGCCUGUAUCCUCAUACGUACCGCACGCAUGUGGCGCGCAUGCACGCUUUGUGCAUGCAGACGCUGUUUGGUCCCUAUGCGGCGAUGGACGCGUCGGUGAUGCCCAGGAGCGCUGUGCUCGUCUCGAGUGCGACGCAGCUUCUCUCGGCACUGCAUCUUACCGGCGCCGCGUCGACGUCGUCUGUGGACCGCGAUGCGAUGGCCUACACGGGCCCUCAGAAGCUCUCGCAGGCCCAGCUCUGGGCCGCGACGAUGCAGGAAAUGCUGGACGGCCUCGUGACGUCCUUGCAUGGCUGUGCGCCGUCGGUGCCGUGGGCUGCAUGGGGCGUGCCUGCGCCGUCGGCCGCCAUGCCUCUCGCAUGGACGGCGCCGGUGCCUGACUACGCCAUCAGCCUACCUGCGUGCCUGCGCCGCUGCGAGAUGCUCCUCGGCCGCCGUGACGCUCCGGGCGUGCUGCUUUGGUUUAUGAGCACACCUACUCCACGAGCUGUGCCAGUGCCUGUAGCGCGCUGCGUGGCGAUAGCGACGGCCAUGAUCCAGGCGCGCGUGUCGCGCGACGAUGCGCCUGUCGACCAGCUGCGGCACGAAGAAGCGAUCGUGCCGCGCCUGCGCGAGAUGGGCGCGCUGCUGCUCGUCCAUGUCGCCAAGACGUGUCAGCAGGCCUGCUGGGUGCCCAUGCAUGCGGCGCAGUCCCUCCAUGCUGUGUGUGCGAUGGCCGAGCGUGCGGCCGGCGCGCACGAGCGCGUGUGUGCGCUCUGGGCCCUCUACCACCUGCUGUCGCCUGACUCGGAGGCAUGUGCCGCCGUGCCGCUGGAUCCAGCGAGUCCGUUGGUGCAGCGAAUCGCCCGACUUUGUGUCCAGACGCAAAGUGCGUACGUCGUGCAGGAGCCAGCGUCGUGGACGUGUGCGCCGCCGCUCAAGCGCGUGCGUGCGUUUGAGAGCGAUGCCGUGCACGUCUCGUCGCGCGCCGCACAGGAUGCGAUCCUCGUCAAGACGUCUGAUGCCCUCGAGGCCGUGCGAUAUGCGAUGCAGCUCUAUGUAAGUCUGUUCGGCAUGCUGGCCUCGAGUGCCGCGCCAGGCCACCGAGAUCUGGCGCGGACGGGCGCCUUGGCACUCGUGGGUCUCGUCGAGGCUCUGGUGGAUGCACGUAUCCUCGACGCAUCGAACGAGCACAUGGUGCAGCUGUGUGAGCAUGGCAUUCAUGCUCUGACGAUGCUCGCUACGACACACACGGGCGCGCUCAUCGCCUCGAUUCUCCCCCGCGUACAUGCCGUGCUGUGCCGAGGUGCUCAGUCGCGCGUGCUGCGUGUUCGCCGCGCGUGUGUGCUGGGCACGUCGGCCGUGCUUCCCGUGCUUCGACCUCGUGUGCCGCCCCUUGUGGAUGUGGUCGACUCGAGUGCGUUGGAAGAGCGUAUACCCGAAGCGGAUGCCCAGGACCAUGUGCCGCUGCCUGCGCCGGCCUGGCAUGGCGCUGAUACGGUGGCUGCGACAUGGACGACCGUCGCGGACGUGGCACCCCCGGGGCCUGUCGGCGUGGCGCCCAAGCAGGCCUCGGCAGCUCCCGCACCAACGCCGGCAUCAGUUCCAGCUCCAGCGCCAGCUCCGGCUCCAACUCCGGCUCCAGCUCCAGCGCCGGCGCCCACCUUGCCUGCCCCGCCCGAGGCGUCUACGCCGGCUCCGCCGCUGCCCGCCGCGCCGCUCGCAUCCGCCCACGACCCGGUCGACGACGACGACGACGAAGAGGCCAUGCCUACCCUGGACAUGCAAGCCUCGGACGACGAAGGUAGCAACUAG